CCCCUACCCUGGGGCUCUAAUCCCUUUCCAAGCCCCUGGAGCUGCCCACGCAUCCCCUGGCACCCCGUCAGGCGAUCCUAGUAUGGAGGAACACCUGGCUGUCAUGUACGAGAGACUGAGGCAGGAGCUGCCAAACCUCUUCCUUCACUCCCACGACUAUAAUCUCUAUUCGUCAGAUGUGGAAUUCAUCAAUGAGAUUCUGAAUAUUCGUACCAAGGGACGGACCUUAUACAUUCUGUCACUGACCCUCUGUUGCUUCCUGGCUUGGAACUAUUUUGCACAGCUUCGGUUGGAGGUUCUACAGUUGACUCGCCACCCAGAGAACUGGACCCUGCAAGCUCGCUGGCGGCUUGUAGGGCUGCCUAUCCACAUGCUCUUCCUGCGUUUCUACAAGCGUGACAAAGAGGAGCUUUACCGGACCUACGAUGCCUAUUCUACCUUCUACCUGAAUUCCAAUGGCCUCAUUUGUCGCCAUCACCUCGACAAACUGAUGCCUUCACACGCACCUCCUGCACCUGUGAAGAAGCUGCUAAUGGUAGGGGCUCAAAUUCAGUAG